AACUCUUAUUAUUAAAUCUAACCCGAGGAAACAAAAAUGGCUUCCCUCUUCACUUCCUCUUCGGCUUCUCCCUUCAUCAAUCACCCAUGGAACAAGCUCCACAACCACAACUUCGUCCCCUCGUCUCCGCCGCCGCCGCAGCCGGAGAAUCCUCCGUCGGCGAAGCCUCUGAGCUCCGCCGCGACGGAGCAGCCGUCACCGGCGUCGAUCAGUUGGCAGCAGCAGAAGAGGAAGAAGAGAGUUGAGACGAGGGAUUGGGUGCCUUCGUCGCUGACGCGAAGGUUCGGAAUCGGAGCUGGGAUCGGCUGGGCGGCGUUUCUCGCCGUCGGCGUCGUCUCCGAGCAGAUCAAGACGGUGCUCGAGGCCUCACAGGACGAAGCCCACACAAGAGAUGCAGAGAAGCAGGGAGAAAUCGUUUUGCCAAACGGUAUAAGGUACUACGAUUUAAGAGUUGGGGAUGGGGCCACUCCCCGACCAGGAGACCUAGUAGUGAUUGAUCUGAAGGGACAGGCCCAAGGAACAGGACAAGUACUGGUGGACACAUUCGAGAGCGAAGACGAGAAGCAGCUUGCGCUGGUUAUGGGUUCAAGACCAUAUUGUAAAGGGAUGUGCGAAGGGGUAGAGCACGUCUUGAGGUCGAUGAAGGCGGGAGGUAAACGCAGAGUGAUCGUUCCUCCAUUGUUAGGGUUUGGAGAAAAGGGGGCGGAAUUAGGGCAAGGUUUGAAGGUUCCUCCAUCUGCUACAUUAGAGUAUGUAGUAGAGGUUGAUGCAGUCUCCAUUGCUCCAGCUUGAGUUGCUCUGCUCUGUCUUGUAGAUUGUUAUUUGCUUGUUUUUGGCGAUGUUGAUUACAUUACAAGCAACAAUGGCUCAACUUACUAAAAGUUCAAACCUUUUUAUAUAUA